AUGGUCGCCUCACUCCCACUUGAACUUCUAGGUGAGAUCGCAGGCUAUCUUAAACAGGCAGGCGCUUCUCUAGCUGCAUGUACAGCUGUCUGUCGUCGUUGGCAGGCAGCGUUUGAGCCGAUCAUCUACUCCGAAUUGCAUGUUUACAGUGAGGAUGGCAUCAACGAGGAAGGGGAGCACCGCGGGAUUUGCCUCAAACAGUUCCGCGCACUCACUUCUGGGCCUGGAAUCGCGCGACGAGCAUGUAUUCGUCAGCUGUGGUACCAUACUGUUGUCCCUUUUGACCUCCCAGACUGGAUGAUGCGUAAAAGGGAAGGUUAUAGCUCUAAUAAUGCUGUUCGACAGGCGAAUAACACUGCGUUUCAAUCAGCAAUAAUCAAUCUAUUCAAAACGCUAGAAGUAUGGGAGAAGAGUCAUCGCCUCUCUGUCUCUCUGGUACUCCUAGGGCGUGAACCAGGCCAGGAGCCGCAUACAAAAGAGGACGAUGAAGCUGGAUUGCAUACUUGGGACUUCACGGAUGGGCGCACACAAGCUGUUCCUGUCUAUCGCGCGCGCUUCCAUCAGGAUGGCGCUUUGGUGCUACCCAACGUUUCAUGUAUUGACAAACUAUCGUUUCUCGACGGUACAGACUCACCACGGUAUCACCAGAUAUGGGCUGGAGCAGCUAUGCAGAUUGUUCAGCAUUGUCCGACACUCGCAGAACUAUGGUUGAACUUGGAUGAGUAUAUCAGACCAGAUCAUCUGGAUUACCUGAAGGAACGCCGUCAAGGGGAAUGGAUCGUCCGCCCUGAUCCAGACGAGGAAGCCAUGAUCGCUGAGAUUGAGGACUGGGAGGCCGAAAUCUGCAGCUAUGAAAGAAGAAUUGUGGAGCGAUCCAUUUUUGAGCAAGAGCAGUUUCAUCGGCUGUUUAUCUCUUUGGGUUAUGCUGCAAGACGUAUGCCUCGCUUGAGGACCAUUAACUUUGAUCUUAACCACUAUUCCUUUUUCUAUUUCAAGUUCUUGAACAGAACGGGCUCGAUCAGACUUGAGUGGGAGGUAGAACAUUGUGGUUCAUACAAGCCUGAUGAUCGGGUUGCUGCUGCAUGGGGCUUUCACCUCGAUAACCAGCAGCUCUCAGAUUGGGAGUAUCACGCAACCUUAUCACAUUGGCCCCCAGUCGAGGAGAAGUCUACGUGA